AUGGAAAUUUGGAAAAAAAACAGAACAGGAGCUUUGAGUAAAAAUAAUGGAGGAGAGGACACUUUACAAUUUAUGUUAAAAAAAAUCAGGGUAUACAGUAACACACGUGUACGACGUGUACGACGGGAAACAACUAUAACACUAUGGCCUGAUGGGAUAAUCCCAUACACUAUACCUGCUUCUCAAUAUACUGAAGAGCAACAGAAAAAGAUACGGGUUGCUAUGAACAGAUGGGAGGAGGUCACGUGUAUCGAGUUUGUACCAUAUACGGAAGAAUUACGAAAACAAAUGGGCGCCAAACGAUUUAUUGAAUUUUAUCUUGGGUCAACAUGUUUCUCUAAGAAUGGACUGGCUAGUAGACAACCACAAACAAUUGGCAUCAGUCCCGGUUGUCUUGAUACAGUUUCUAUAGUCCAUGAAAUUGGUCAUGCUAUUGGUCUCGUCCAUACACAGCGCCGAGCGGAUAGAGAUGGUUACGUCAUAGUCCACUAUGAUAAUAUCAACAUGGCUUCCUUCGCCCAGUUUGAUACGACAGUGAUGCGGGGAACCCCCUAUGAUUUAUUCGGAACGGUGUAUGACUAUGCCAGCGUUAUGCAUUAUAAACCAAAGUCUUGGUCAAAUAACGGACAAGCGGUAUUGGAAACUAAAGACCCAGCAUAUCAAUCUGUUAUUGGUCGAGCAACAAAAAUCAGCUUUUAUGAUGCAAUGUGGGUAAACAGAGCUUAUAGAUGUAAUGAGCAAUGCGACAAAUCUAAGCGAUGUCUGAAUGGAGGCUAUAUAGGUGGCAGCACAUGCAAGUGUAUAUGUCCAGAUGGUUUUAUAGGCUACCAUUGUGAAGCACCUAUACCUGGAUACCAAAGAAUAAUUACUUGGAGAUGUCCUGCAGGAUGGGUAUUUGCCAAUGGUCGUUGUUACAGACUGUAUCCUAAUAUUUAUAUCACGUACGACGCAGCUUUAAAUUUCUGCACAAAUCAGAGAGCUACUCAUGUCACAUUUGAAACCGGAGUCGACAAGGACUGGGUGGUAAAUACGCUUGAAGAAAUGAAGUUUACUGGCGACACCCAAAGUAUCUGGUUAGGAGUUAGACGUACUGCCAGUGAAUGGUUAAAUAGUCUACCUUAUUACCAAUGGCUUGACGGACAAGCAUAUAAUGAUUCCCUUAUGUCAAUUCACGAUCUCGGUACAGAGGAAGGAGAUACUUGUGGAUCCACUGAUGGUCAGUUUCUGUCAAUAGGACCCUGUUCGAAGAAUUCUUACAGAGGAUUUAUCUGCAUGAAGAAUUUUGACACAGCUUGUGGUGGCAGGUUUCGUCUCCGAAACAAGGAACAAUAUAUUACCUCCCCUGGAUAUCCCAAUGAAUACACAGACAGCAUGGAAUGUCAAUAUGUUAUACAGACAAGACGAGACAGGCGAAUAGAAGUAACAUUUGAGGUUUUUGGAUUGGAUGUAACAAGUGGUUGUCAAGACGACUAUGUUCUGGUACAAAACUCAUACAGUGCAUUAGAUACAGGAAAGAAAUAUUGCGGCGAAGGACUAAGAAACAAAACAUUGACCUCAGAUGGUAAUCUUAUGAUCCUCACUUUCAUAUCAGACAUGCGCACAUCUGGUAUAGGAUUCAAAGCAAAAGUAAAGGCAAUACGACCAAGAUAUGGUUCUGGACGAGGAGAACCAACAAACUUUCUCGGUUCUUUCUACUCGGUUUUCUCUUCCAACAACGAACAGACACAAUCUAAUUCAUAUCUUGAAAGUGCAUGGAAUAUAUUUAGAAAUAUGGACCUAUCAAAUAUUCUUCGAUAAUAGAAGAAAGUAUAUGUUUGUGUUGCAGUUUAACAAAUAUUGCUGUGGCAAUGCUUUUUCAACAUUUAGCUCUUUCCAGAAAACUUAUUCUUGAGUAACAAAAAACAGAUUUUCAUGUU